ACGCGCAUGAUUUGUCCUUCUGCGCGACCCGUACUCGCUCUCUAGGUAAAUAAGCUGGAGAUUUGAAACUGGGCGCGUUUAUUUGGCUUCCGUUUCUGCAGCUAAAAUAUGGAAAGUCCAUUUAAGACCCCAUGCAAGCAAGCCUCUGGGACCCGUGGUUACACUGGAUGUCUCGGGACCCCUGUCACCAUUCCUGCUUCUCCUUUCAUGCAGAAAUUGGGCUGUGGGACUGGGGUCAAUGUAUAUCUCAUGAACAGGGUUGGGAAGAAGCCACACUCACCCUGGGCCAUAAAGAAGAUAAGCAGCAAGUGUGUCAAAACAAAGCAGAACAUAUACCAGAAGCGACUUUGUGAAGAGGCUGAGAUUUUAAAGGAUCUUCAUCACCCAAACAUUAUUGGCUUCCGGGCUUUAACCACGGCUAAAGACGGCUCUCAGUGUCUGGCCAUGGAGUACGGCGGCGAGCGCUCUUUGAAUGACCUGAUAGAGCAGAGGAGGGACGAGGGUCUGAAAGCCUUUCCAGUGGCCAACAUAGAGAAGGUGGCCUUGCACGUGGCUCGGGGUCUCUGGUAUCUUCACAAUGAGAAAAAGAUUUUGCACGGAGACAUCAAGUCUGGCAAUGUGGUCAUCAGAGGUGACUUUGAAACGGUGAAAAUCUGCGACGUGGGUGUUUCCCUUCACCUGGAUGAGAAGCUGAAAGCAGUUGACCCCAAAGCGGAUUACAUUGGAACGGAACCCUGGAAUCCCAAGGAGGCUAUCGAAAGAGGGGUCAUUACGGACAAGGCCGACAUCUUCGCUUACGGCCUGACGCUGUGGGAGAUGAUGACACUGUCCGUGCCGCACUUGGAGGAGCUGGAUAGCGAGGGGGAUACAGAUUCUUCUUUUGAUGAGGCCGACUUCAACGAGGACGAGUAUUAUGAGAGGCUGGGAACCCGGCCACCCCUGGAUGCCGAAAGCCUGGGAGGUGCCUACCAGCGAAUGGUGGAGCUCUUCUGCCUGUGCACUGCCGAAGACCCAGCCAAACGGCCAUCUGCCACACAGAUCGUACAGGUGCUGGAGGCCAACAUGGAGGCCGCUGAUUAAAGCAAGGUCAUCCAAGUUAGGCUACAGGAACAGCUCAGUAAUGGCAUUUUGAAGUCUGGCCCCUUUUACAUUUACUUUAUAUUCUUUGUCUCUGUCCCCCCGUGUGGUUUAUCAAUGUUUGUCGUCUUUUGUAAAUUUACUUUACAAUAAAUCAUGUAUGCUUUGA